AAAUGUCCUUUUUUAUCAUUACUUCUUCUCGCGCGUCUUCAUCUUAAAAAAACAUAAUCUCCUUCAUAUCUCUCUCCUCUCUCUCUCUUUCUUAAUCUCUCCGCUUCAACGUGAAAUCAGAACCAAACAUGUCUAAGGUUACCACAGAGCUUGACUUCUUCGGUCUUGAGAAGAAGCAGACCAACAACGCUCCUAAUAAGCCUAAGUUCAAGAAACUUCUUGACCGCCGUCGUAGUUUCCGAGAAAUUCAAGGUGCGAUUUCUAAGAUGGAUCCGGAGAUUAUCAAAUCGCUGUUAGCCACUGGUGCUAACCCUUCCGAAACCUCGACCAGAUCUCUAUCGGUUCCAUCUACUCCAAAGGAAGAUCAUCAACGGAUCCUGAUUUCUCCGGUCCAUGCCCCUCUCACCAGGCCCAGUACAGAACUUGUCUCUGGAACUGUACCUAUGACAAUUUUCUACAAUGGGACCGUCUCAGUUUUCCAAGUGUCUCCUAACAAGGCUGAGGAUAUUAUGAAGGUGGCCAUGGAAACAUCACCAAAGAAAGACAAAUCUAUGGAGAAACAUCUCUCGGUAAUUCCUCCGACCACCUUAAGAACAAAGCUCUUUGGCCAGAAUAUAGAUGGAGAUCUUCCCAUCGCAAGGAGGAAGUCACUGCAAAGGUUUCUUGAGAAGCGCAAGGAGAGGUAAUUGUACUCCUACCAUCCAAGAUAUUAACCCAAAAACAAAAUAAAAGAGUAGUAUCAACAUCUCCUUACUUUCCGACAUGGGCCUAAACAAAGCCCUUAUCUCCUUUUUUGAUUGGGACACGAAACCAAAUGGUCAUGUAACCAUCCAAGACAUAAUGUUCGUUUUGCAUUUGGCUUCCCUCAAUCUUUUGGAAUCCCCUAUCUUUCGCAGAUUAGUAUGUAAUAUAAGAGCAUAUGUUGCUAUUUUGUUAAAUGUUUAUUGUUUUUAAUGCUCAUUGACGCUAUGCGCUAUGGUUGCGCGCUCCCCGGGUAGCUAUGGUAUAAUUAUAUUUCUUAUAUAUUUCCCACUACUUUUGUUGGAA